AUAUAAAAAGUAAAAAAAAAAAUAAAAAAAAAUGAAUGACACUAUGAAGCGAGGAGGUUGCACUCGCACUCUUGCAUUAACUGUGUGCUCUGCAGCCAUUGGUGGCACUUUUCAGUAUGGCUACAAUAUUUCAAUCAUCAAUGCACCCACAGCUUAUGUGCAGAAGUUCAUUAAUGAGACCUGUAUGAAGAGAUGGGGCACCUCUCUUGAGGCCAGUCAGGUGACACUGAUGUGGACCUUUAUUGUCUCCAUUUACUCACUCGGGGGACUUCUGGGAUCCCUGCUUGCUGGCCCAAUGGCUAUUAAGUGCGGACGUAAAGGUGCACUGCUGCUAAACAACUGCUUCCUUUUUGUGAGCGCAGUGCUGGCUCUGUGCAGUCGCUCCGCUGGCUCUUUUGAGAUGAUCAUCCUUGCUCGUCUGCUGGUGGGGGUCAAUGCUGGGGUUAGUAUGAACGUCCAGCCCAUGUACUUCGGAGAGAGUGCACCCAAGCACCUGAGAGGUGCUGUUGCCUUUUCGUCUGCUGUUUUCACUGCUCUAGGGAUCUUGAUGGGCCAGGUAAUGGGUCUGACUGAAGUUUUGGGGAGUGAAUCUCUCUGGCCUUAUCUGCUGGCGAGCAACGCUCUCCCCGGCGUAGUGCAGCUGGUCACUUUGCCCUGGUUUCCAGAGAGCCCACGUUACCUGCUCAUCGACCGAGGAGACCGAGAGGCAUGCGGUCAAGCCCUGAAACGCCUCCGAGCGUGCAGCGUUUUUACUGAUGAGCUGGAAGAGAUCCUCCAGGAGCGGGCAGAAGCAGGCGAAGCCCGUGCCAAAACGCUGUGGGAGCUGUUAAGUGACCGAAGUCUUCGCAGGCAGCUCUGCACCGUGAUGGUUGCCAGCAGUGCCAUGAUGUUGUGUGGAAAUGAUUCCAUUUACUUCUACGCCUCCUAUAUCUUUCAAGAAGCCGGUAUUCCAACGGACAGGAUUCAGUAUGUCACGAUCGGCACGGGUGCCUGCGAGUUCACGUCUGCUCUGGUGUGUAAUCUCCUGAUCGAGCGCGUUGGCCGCAGGCUGCUCCUCGCAGGCGGGUAUCUGCUCAUGGCUUGCUGGGCGGUGGUCUUCACUGUCGCUCUUUCGCUGGAGGGCAAAGUGGCCGGCAUGCCCUAUCUGAGUAUGGUCUGCAUGUUCGCCUACAUCUUGAGCUUUGGCAUGGGCCCCGCAGGGGUCACCGGGAUCCUUCCCGCCGAGCUCUUUGACCAAAUGGCGCGUCCCGCAGCUUACAUGGUUGCCGGUUCCAUGAUGUGGCUUAACCUCUUCAUCAUAGGAAUGGCGUUUCCGUUCAUAGUUAAGGGCCUGGGACAGUUCUGCUUCAUCCCCUUCUGUGGAGUUUGUGUGACGGCAUGUCUUUUCGUCAGUUUCGCUUUGCCUGAAACCAAAGGAAGGACUCUAGCAGAGAUCACUGAGGAGUUUGAGAAGCGGAAUAAGAAAGGCACAGCCAAUGGGCUUCCUAAAAACGGGCAGCAAUGUCAAAGUCUGACGGAUCCAUCCGAAUUCCUAGAGACUGAGAAGAUCUGAGAGAGAUCAGGCUGAUUUUGUGUUGCUACUGUGUUCAGAUUUUAUCCGUUUUUUCUGUCUAUUAAUUUAUUUAAAAAUACCUUGAAAAUGCCAUAUAUAGUUCAUCCAAGAAAAUUAUAAGCUUGUGUACACUUAGAUGUAUUAAAGGGAAAUGUUAUAAAUUUUUACUUGAUGGUUACACUACAAUAUUGUUGUUGUUAAAUCGUUAAAUGGAAACGUUUCUUGAAAAUGGCACAAAAAGCCAUAUGAAACUAGCAUGAAUACCUCAUGAAAAAAAAGAGCUUUUCUGACGUGACGCACUUUGAGCUGCGUCUGAUUUAAAAAUGCUGCAUGUUGCAAAUGUUUUUUUAAUUUAUUUAUUUAACUUUUAUUAUGUAUUCUUAAUUAUCAUCUGUCUUUUCUCCCCUCCUCCUUCCCAUUUGAUUGUUAAAGU